AUGAUAUUCUCAAGAUCCGCGCGAUCGGUUUUCCCUUUACUCCCUCCAUACGGAGCACACGACCCUUCCAACGGGCGAAUUAUUCCCCUUCAUCCGGAUGGCCUCACACCAUAUCUUGGCCUGCGAGCCCGACUAUCACAAGUAUGGAUCAAUCGCUGGACGAUAUUGCUGGUCCUGGUCCUAGUCCGGGUUUUGAUUGCUAUAGGAGAUGUUCGGAGUGACAUGGCCUCUGCUAAGCGCGAGGCCUUGUCUGCGUGUACCUCCGUGGAGUCCAUGGGGAGUGCGAUGGCCUCUAUGCCAUACUAUCUAAGCUCGGGCGUCAACGAGUUGACUGCUUCUGGGGUCGAGCAUGCUGUGAAUGGUCUGAACUCUAUGCUUAUGCUCACAAUCACUGGUGUGGAGGAGAUCAUCCUGUUCAUCAUCAAGAUUAUGUACCAGACCUAUCUCUGUCUCGCCACGAUGGCUGUCCGAAGUAGCAUUCACGUUGCAACUGCGCUGAUCGAGGAUGUGGCGGGCUUCUUGAACACAACAAUUAAAGCGGCUGCGAAGGAUAUCCAGAAAACGGUGAGCACCUUCGAACAUGCGCUCGAUGAGUUUGCUGGCCUGGUCAAUACUGCUGCAAGCGCCUUGGGCGCUUCUUUGCCGACGCUGAAUCUGAACGAUUCCCUCAGUGCGUUGGACGAUCUCUCCAUCCCGUCCUCGAUCAACACCACCCUCGACAAACUGAACAACGACAUUCCUUCGUUUGAUGAGGUACAGAACUUCACUGAGAACGUUAUUCGCCUACCAUUUGAGGAAGUCAAAAAACUCGUGAAUGGCUCUCUGGGGACAUACAUUUUCGACCGCAGUGUUCUGCCCGUCCCACAAAAGCAGCAACUCACUUUCUGCGACGACAAUGAUGGCAUCAACAGCUUUUUCAACGGGGUGACUGAUAUUGCCCUCACGGCACGAAAGAUUUUCAUUGCCGUGAUCCUACUUGCAGCUAUUCUGGCUUGUAUCCCUGUCGCGUGGCAGGAAAUUCGCCGCUGGCGCCAGAUGAAGGAGCGCGCCCAACUAGUUCGAAAAGAGGCUCACGAUCCAAUGGACGUCGUCUACAUCGUCUCCCGGCCAUACACCGCUGCAGCAGGUAUCAAGGCCGCGAGCCACUUCAGCAACAGUCGUCGCCAGAUCCUAGUGCGUUGGGCUAUUGCGUAUGCAACCUCCAUGCCUGCUCUGUUCGUGCUUGCCAUCGCCAUCGCGGCACUGCUUUCAUGUCUCUGCCAAUACAUACUACUUAAAAGUGUCGAAAAGGCCGUCCCCGAGCUCAGCAAUGAAGUAGGCGCUUACGCUGACAAAGUCGUUGGUGCGCUACAAAAUGCGUCCGUGGCCUGGGCUACCGACGCAAACAAGGCGAUCGACUCUAUGGACGCAGAUCUGAACCAGAAAAUCUUUGGAUGGGUGAACACCAGUACGACUGCCGUCAAUAACACCCUUGAAACCUUUGUAGAGAAGACUCAAAAUGUUCUGAAUGAAACCUUCGGUGGCACCUUGCUCGAAGAACCUAUUCAGGAGCUCUUCGAAUGUCUCAUCGGCCUUAAAAUUGAGAGCGUCCAGAAAGGUCUCACAUGGGUCCACGACAAUGCCCAUAUUGACUUCCCCCACCUUCCAAAUGACACAUUCUCUCGUGGCGCACAAGCUAGUAUCUCGAACGACACGAGUCCCUCUGAUAGCUUCCUCGCUGACGCGGGCGAUACUACCUCCAACAAGAUCACAGAGGUAGUUCAACGAGUCGUCGACAAAAUGAAAGACGGUCUACGAACGGAGACACUCAUCGCCACUGCCAUCCUGUUACUCUGGGUCUUCAUCGCCUUGGUCGGUAUCCUCCGCGCAAUGACUCUCUUCUGGGAUCGUGACCGGAAUCGCGGCGAUGGAGGCGGUCAUGCCAUGGAUCCGGUUCCCAAUAACAUGGGCCCGAGCAACUCGGGUGCCACGAGAGACACCAGAGAGUUCACAGACGUACCUUUGACUGCUAUUCCGAGGAAUGAGCUGGGCUUCAUUCAGGCCGUGCCUCGGUAUGAGACGCAUGUCGCGAGCUCAGCACAGGCUAGAGCCGAGGCGUCAUCGAGUGAUGAGAAGCGUGGGUUUGCAGGACAGAGGAAUUAUGACUCUGCGCUCAAGGUUGAUACAGAUCUGGCAGCGCGGAAAAGUAAUUAUGUGGAGUAUGAUAUGAAGAGGGGUUGA